UCAAAAUACCAUGCCAGCGCAAAGUGUGAGGUUAUUGUGUUUAUUUUUAUUAUAAUUUAAUUAACCCUGUUUAUUACGGACCCUAAAACACAUUUAUCAUCAUGCCGAAAGUAAAAGCUGAGAAAAAGUCGCGGAUCCAUAAUGAUGUCGCCAAACAAGGUAUCCAGUUCAAUAAGGAUUUCGGUCAACAUAUCCUAAAGAAUCCACUCAUUAUUACUUCUAUGCUUGACAAAGCUGGUUUGAGGCCCACAGAUGUUGCUCUUGAAAUUGGUCCUGGUACUGGUAACAUGACCAUCAAGCUACUGGAUAGAGUUAAAAAAGUUGUUGCGUGCGAAAUAGAUACAAGAUUGGUGGCUGAGCUCCAAAAGCGUGUACAGGGUACUCCAUACCAGGCUAAACUACAAAUACUUGUAGGGGAUGUGCUCAAAACUGAGCUGCCUUUCUUUGAUAUUUGUGUUGCAAACAUACCAUACCAGAUCAGUUCUCCUUUAGUUUUUAAACUAUUACUACAUAGGCCUUUCUUCAGAUGCGCUGUGCUCAUGUUCCAGAAAGAAUUUGCGCAGCGCUUAGUUGCCAAACCAGGAGAUAAACUUUACUGUAGGUUGUCAAUAAAUACUCAAUUAUUGGCUCGUGUUGACAUGUUGAUGAAGGUUGGCAAGAAUAAUUUCAGACCACCACCUAAAGUUGAAUCCAGUGUAGUUAGAAUUGAACCCAGAAAUCCUCCACCACCUAUUAAUUUUGUUGAAUGGGAUGGCCUGACAAGAAUAGCAUUUGUAAGAAAAAAUAAAACCCUAUCUGCAGCUUUUAAGCAUGCUACUACAAUGGCAGUAUUGGAGAAAAAUUACAGAGUUCACUGUUCCCUGCAUAAUAAGGAAAUACCUGAAGAUUUUGACAUAAAACAGAAAGUACAAGAAAUUCUAACAAAUGCAGAAGCCGAUCAGAUGAGAGCAAGAACUAUGGAUGUUGAUGAUUUUAUGAAGUUGUUAUAUGCAUUUAAUUCAGAGGGCAUACAUUUUGCAUAAUGUACUAAGGAAAAGUCUUCAUUAUAAAUAAAAUUUAUUUACUAAACAAUUUACAUAA